GUUGCUUACGGUUGAUGAACCUUCUGUCCAACUUGACACAAAGUUUACCAGCAAAUAAUCCCAUCAUACAGCUAUGUUUUUCAUAUGAUUUACUUUGUCCAAUGAAUACAUAAACCAGGGUCAAAAUUGACAAGAUCUGAUCAUAAAUUUUAAAUAUACCAGAUUAUUUCGGACAACGCCACAGAGGCAGAAUUUUAUUUUAUUUUAUUUUCAGAAUCUGAAAUUGUAGACUUGUAGUAGUAGUAGUAGUAGUAGUAGGAAGGCACGUUCAACAUGGUGGUUGCCAAGUAAGGUAGUAAGUCAGGCUACAAAAAAUCGCUGUUAUAUAUAAUCAGGACAUAACCCAAUUAGGCAAAAGGCGAGACCUUAAGAACACACACAGCUCAACAUUAACAGUAAGAGAAAGAAAGAAAGAGAGAGAGGCAGAGCGAGGAAGAGAUGGCGAAUAUGUUGUUGGUAGUUGCAGCAGCGAUAAUGAUGGUGGUGAAUGGGGUUGCUGCAGAAACAUAUACCGUAGGAGAUGACAGUGGAUGGACUGUACCAUCUACACCUGAUCUAUAUACCGACUGGGCUGCCGAUAAAAACUUUGCUGUUGAUGACGUUCUAGUGUUCCCAUUUUCGGCUCCUCACAACGUGGCUGAGGUAUCAAAGGAUGCUUACGAUCAAUGCGAUGCUGGUGAUGCUGAGGUUUUCAGGCUUGGCCCGAAAGAAAUAACUCUAACAGAAAACGGGCCACACUACUUCAUCUGCACCUUUGCUUCUCACUGUACUGGUGGUCAGAAACUUGUUGUAACAGUCGGGGCGCCCACCACCUCCGCCCCUUCGCCAACUUCAAGCUCUACUCCAAGUGGACCGAGCAUGGCACCCUCGCUAUCACCCUCGUCACCGCCACCGCCUUCUGACACACCCGCCACUGGAUCCUCACCACCUAUGUCUAUUUCUACCUUCUUUUCUGUUUCCUUCAUUGCCUCUGUGAUGGCUUUCCUAUUUUAAGCACAAUCAUCCCUAAACGUGAACUUUAACUACAAUUAUUUAUUUGUUGUAUUAUUGUAUUAUUGCCAAUUUUUCAUAUAAUUCUCAAAACUAUGUAAUAUUGAAUUUUGUUAUCAUGGUGGGUUUUUGAGUGCUUAGAUUUUGUAAGGAGCGGCAUUUCAUUUCCAUGUAACAACAUUUUAUUAAUACAAUUCUUAUUCCUUUC